GGAUGACGGCUCAAUUCUUUUCCUCGGAAUCACAAAAUCGUCGAGUUCUAAUACAUUUUUUGUUAUAUUCCUAUCAUAACAUGCACAGGAAAUUCACGAGUUUGCAGGUGGCACUUCGAUUAACAGCAACAUAUCGAUUGAAAAUGAAAAUCCCGAAGGGUUGAUAACUACAGUUUAUUUUUAAGGGGGAGAUUAUCCAUCUAAUCACAUUCCCAUCCUACUUCCCAGAGGAUUUAUAUUUUCGAAAGUGACGAAUAACCAGAGAGCAUCGAUGUUGAAAACAGGGCAUUCAAGUGUCGGCUCUCUUUCGUGUUAGAGGGGGUAAAUUUCUAAAGAAACUGUGGUGCUGCGUCGUUGGGGUAGUAAAAUAGGGUAAUUAAGUAUAAUGAACUGAGUUGAUAACGUAAAUUGAGUUUUAAAGCUGAAGUUUCGUGCGUUCACCCUUCGUCAUUCUUCCUUUCUUGUUACGUUCAACAUUAUUCCUUUGGGAGUUUAGAGAACACGUUCAAUAAAGCGAUAGCACGUGAUUGGUCGGUUAAUUUAUAACGUAAUUAGCAGAAGACUGAACCUGAAAAUAUAAACAUUCUCAAAUUUGUGACGUCAGUGACCCGCUCAGCGAAUGGGAGACGAUAUCCCUUUCUAGUUUAUAUUAGAGCGAACACAACCAUCAUCAGAUUUGGCGGAGGUGUUGGUAAGGCCAGAACACAAGAGCCAUGGAGACUAAACAGUUUGACAUGCACCGUUUCUUCGCCCAAAAAUCGCUUUCUUCCUGUGAUAAAAAACCGAUGUCUGAAAGUGCGUCGAGUACAUUUCCACUAGAAGGAGACUUCCAAAAGAGUUCUGAUGACCCUGUGCCUACUGCCAAUGCUCACAAGCGAAAGAUUGAACGGACACGAUUCUCAAUCUAUCAGAAAGUUGCCCUUGAGAAUUCUUUCCUUUCAUCUUUGUAUUUGACGGGUGUAGAGCGUGAUAACUUGGCUUUCAAACUUGGACUUUCUCCCGUUACUGUACAGACCUGGUUCAAGAACAGACGGUUUAAAUGGCGCAAAGAACUCAAGAUGGCAAAUGGCAACCACCCGGAGCCUGUCAUGUCGCCAUCACCACUGCUUGUCUUCCCCAAUCCACCUCCUCGAACUUACCGAGAACCCUUCUUGGGGCUUGAGCACCAGCAACAUGAGAGAAGUCCUUGCCGGUGCUGUACAAUUACAACUUCGUGCAUGCUGUACAGCGGUAAUACACAAUGGUGCAACUAAUGGGGUCGAUGUGCUGUGAAUUAAUUUGAUUAAUUAAUUGAUUUUUUUUCAUUGUGAUGUUAAGUUGACCGAAUGAAUUUUUACUCUUUAGCAGCUGUUAUUUUUCUUCCCCAUGGCAGUUUUCUCAUGGUAUCUCAUGGUAUCUCACAAAUGCCCAAUUGGAGCAGUUUUCAAUUGGGUGUCGAAAGGAAUCCUGGAUUUUUUGGUUUUACUUAACUUUGCUCUGUGAUUGGCCAAGAAAACUUGCGCGGUCCUCUCAACCAAUCAGAUCCAAAACUACAAACUACGCUUCAAGCAGUUUACUUGCUUUCACUUUGCAUUUUCAUUGGCUUGUGAUGAUGUAAUCGAUAGUCGCUGGAAUAACUUCAGUUUUGGUUUUUCGACAUCAAUUGUAAAACUGCUCCUUUAUAAAACUGAGAUCAAUCAACCAACAGAUGUCAGUGCUGUAGUUUUUUACUGUAAAUUUUUGAGUUAAGUCGUGGAACAUGUGUGGAAAAGGGAAAAAUGACGCUUUCGCAUGAACUUUGUAAUCACCUGGCUUACCAUUGAGUUUUCCAGUUUGGCUCAGAGGUAGAACAUCGGAGCGCGGAACCAAAAGGUCAUGGGUUUGAUUUCUCAUUGCAAACUCAGAUUUUUUUUCUUCGUACCACACUCGUGACAAGAAUAAUAUCUUUCUUUAACUUUUACGAUGUUUCCCAAACCAUAGAUUUAUUUGCUCAGAUUUACUUACUAGUUAUGACAUGUGAAACUAGAUAAUCCAUGUAUUUCUCAAAUUUAGCGUGAAAUUUGGCUGUUUUUUUUUUACGACUUAUGUCUCCAAACUAACCUCACUUCCGAAACUUUCUGUGUAUAUGAAUAGAUUAGGAUGGCGGAAACUGUACCAACAAACUUACAUCCCAUUUACAUCAGCAAAACUUGUUUACUUAAACCGAGUUUAACCGAAUGAAAAACAGAGAACUGAAAAACUGAGUUUUCCAUAGGUUUCAAGUAGUCACUUAAUUGUAUUUUCAAUGUGCUAAAUUUGAAGUCGACAAACAUCGGUCUAAACAGCUUCUUCGUAGAAUACAAUUUUGAUCCGUGUUUAACAAAGAGCUCUAAAACAUGUCUAAGCUUUGGUGUGAAUGGGAUAUUAUAUGCACUUUAAACUAUUUUUUGAUGAUUUGAAAUUAUUGUAAAUAAAUAGUUUGUUCGUUUGCUCGAUUGGUCUUUCAGAGAAGCUAAUGGAAAAUUGGUAUUCGCACAUUUUGGUCGGUAACUUCUUGAAAAAAAUAACUUUGAUUUCAGAUUAUGUUGGCAAAUCUCAAUAAUUUUUUACGUUCAUUUGGUUCGCCUUAAGGAAUCAGUUUUUCCAUGGUUUUGCCAACUCUACAGUUUGUGCAACGAACAUCUUGCACAAAGGACCAGGUUUUUGUGCCAUGUAGUUGAACAUAUCUCCCGCACACAUCGUUUGAAGACUUUUCUUUGCCCACAGUGCAUUUAUCAUAUAACAGUUAGCACAGCUGAGGGUACAGUCUAAAACAUAUUAUUUACCGUUCACAACGGGCUGAGUGCAAGAUUUGAGAUUUUGUUUUGCUGGUUCUUCCCAUGAAACAAAGUGCAGAACAUGUUACAGAGCCUUUAAGCGAUGGAAGGCGAAAUAGCUGAUCUAAGAUCAAAGUUUUACUGAAUAUAGUCAUUAUUGUGUGAUAAUAAUCUGUAGAUGUACACAUUGUGUAACGAUCGUAAAUUUUAUCAACCGAGUAGCUGUGAUUUUCGCCGGAGUUAUUGUUUGUAGAUGUAAUCAUUAGGACUGGGUCUGGGUGGGUGUUUUGUUAACAUGAGAUGAUGCAUCUACAAGGGAGGACUGAAACGAAAGAUUCUGAUUUGGGUUCGACCCAAACUGUAUUGGAGUCGCCGGGUAGUUCAUAAUAAUGGUCAUCCACUGAUGUCUGUUUUUAACAACACGAUACAGUUGAAAUCAGUCUUGCUGAAAAUAACUCAACGUAAGAAGCAGAUAAAAUCAAUACAUUGUA